CAGAUUUCCCAUAAAAAAAAAAAGAAAACAGAAUACGGUGAUCGACACCAAAACGAACCAGAAGCUUCAUCGAUCUCCCUUGUCGGCGGCCGCGACAAAACCACCCGGGCGACUUGUCCGUCGUCGAUCCCAUCACCCGUCGACUUGUCCGUGGAAUAGCAUCGCCGCCAAACUAUCGCAAGUCAAAGACGAGAUUCGAUCCCCUCAGCCCGUUCGCUUCGCUUUGCACCUGUCCCUAUUGGAAUCUGUCAAAACCAAGUUAUAGGUGUUCUACAAAUGUCUCCACCAAUGCAAACUCUUCCAGGAUCAGAACGACCCUCUUCAACUGGUGGAGCUGGUUCUUUGAAUGACUUACAUGUUGACAUCGUGGAUACAACCAAUGGCAAUGAAAGUAGUGGUGGACCUCAUGAAAUUGUCGGCAUGUCAUUUCUGAACGUUCAUAUUCCUGGAAAAAUAGAGGAUUGGAGUCGAGACAAAAAGCUCUUGCAGAUUUGCAGCAAAUGCAGAAUGUGCAUGUAAGACUCUUCUAUGUACAUAUUGGGGAUUUCAACUAUAUCAAAUCUUUUUUUCUGUUGAACUCUGUCUAUGUCUAUAGUAAAAGUUGUGCUUGCUGAUUAGAUAUAUGUGGCUGUUUCUAUUUGCAUGUGAACAUAGUUGAUUCAACUUGGUGGACUAAAGAACUGUUGAAUUUUCCCGUGUUAUGAUCAUUGUGGUAGAGGCAUUGUUUUAAGAUAAGUUGAUUAGCAAUCAUCAGUCUUUGUUUUUGCUCUGUGUCCUUACCAUUUGUUUUGUUAAGUUUUGAGCAUCUACAUAUUGCUAGAUGGUUACUCUCGAGAAUUUAGCACUUACAUCUCCCAAUCAUAACCUUCUUUGAGAACCAACUUGUGUAGACCUAUGUGAACGAUGCCUAAUUAUUCCUUCUUUAUAUACUCACAAGCUAUACUGAGGAAUAGCAGUAGCAGGACAUUUCUUGUGCUCUUUCUAUUUGUACUAUAUUUUGCCUCUAAUCUUGAUUUGUACAGCUGAAAGCAAGGUAGACAAGGAACCUCAAGGAGGCUGUGGUGAAGGCCUAUGUUUUUGCUAUUUUUAACGAGAAUUUGAAGCCUCGCCCGACUUUCGAUAGCAUUUUUUGCACUUUUCAAGCCUGAUGGGAGCAUAUCUUACGUUGUUGGUUAAAAAAGGCUCAAGUCAUAGUAUGGUGAGGAACUUGAGCUUACAACUGGCGACAUAAAUUAUAUGAAACCCACUUGUUUCUCAAGUCAGAAACUUUUGCUUUGUUGCAGAUUCUGUAGAAUGGUUCAGGACAGUUAUAACUUGGGAUUUAGUGCAAUGAUGUUUUGGUAUUUGUUUUGUCCAACGUAGUCCGGCAAGAAACUCAUUCAUUCCUAUAAGAUAAGAAAUUAGGAAGCCUAUUCAUUUCAAUUCAUAUGAGGAGGUUUUUUUUUACAGUCCAAUCUUGUUCAGAUAACUCAUUUGUAUUGUACAAAUUGUUUAUAUUGGUAAUCUUCGGAUGUUGCAGUUUCGUU